UAUCUUAACUUAAAGCAAGGUCAGGGUUGGUUGUGCAAGGAAAAUGGCAAGUCUCUGAAAUGAGUCUGUUUUUCAUAACAUAGAAAGGGAGGAGGUUGAGAGGAGGGAUGCGAUACUGAGAGUGACCAUGGGAGACAGCAAGUGCAAGGCUUAGCUAUACUGUAGUCACCAUUCAAUGGAGCCACACCACCAAGAGAGUGGCCAUCUGGGGCUGGGACUAUCUUGCCUGCCACCAGACCAAGUAAAUAGCCCCUGUGCCCCAAACCCUUCUCUCCCGACCUUUGGCUGCAGCGCUGGAGGGGGAGAGGGAGAAAGCCCUGCUGUAAGUGGGGGAAGGCCCCUGGUAACCAAUGAAGCUUAAGGAGAGAAAAAAACCCUGCCGGCCAGGAGCACUGGGGGGGAAGGGGAGUGAAAAGGACCCUAAUGGCUGAGGCACUGGGGGAGUAGAGAAAUUCCCUACCAGCUGGGGGUAGGGUCGGAGAGACAGUCCCACUGGAUGGGAGCCCCCUUCCUGAGCCCCUCCUCACCCUCCAAUCCUCACUUUUGCAUCCCCUCACAUCCCCAGCCUCCUGGCCUAAGUCCCUUCUCAGCCCCCACUGAUUCCUGCACCAAUCACACUCCCAGCUUCCUGCUCUGUCCCCCAUCUUCAAGGCCCUGCCCUAAAUCCUGCACCCCCUCUCCUCCCCGCCAAACUAUCUGCCCUCUGAGCUGAAGGACCCGGGUAAUGGAGGUAGGUCUUCUAGUAUUAUUAUGUGAUAAAAGCCCUUAGGAAAGGAUGAGUGAAAUUUUUACACAUAGGUUAGCCUAGACUUUAGAAUACCCCAUAUAAUGGAUUGGGAUUGCAGAUAUAAUUCUGCUCAUGAAAUAUUGCCAGGAUGCCAUUGAACAUAUGUGACAGCUGCAUAGUUUAAUUUGCUUUUGAGAAUAUCCUUUGUAUAUAAUAGGUAUGGCAUAUGUAUUGGAAUCAUGGGAAAAUUCUGAAUUUGGAAAAGAACAAGUUCUUGAUCUCUGAAGAUAUUGAGAGGCACUUCCACAGAGGUCCAUGCUAGCAGACCCUAUUGCAACACUGAGAUCAAGAAUAUUACAUUCAGUUCAAACAUUAAAGCAGCUUAUUAGAAUGACUUCCUGUUUUGUCAUUCAUGAGGCUCCUGUACGAAGAGUAGCUAUCUUUGGAGGGACUCAUGGCAAUGAAUUAUCAGGGGUAUUUUUGGUCAAGCAUUGGCAGGAGAAUGGAGCUGAGAUUCAAAGAACAGGGCUGGAAGUGAGACCAUUUAUUACCAAUCCAAGAGCUGUGAAGAAAUGUACUAGAUAUAUUGACUGUGACCUGAACCGUGUUUUUGACACUGCUAAUCUUGGUAGGCAAACGACAGAAGAUAUUCCAUAUGAAGUGAGAAGAGCUCAGGAAAUCAAUCAUGUAUUUGGUCCAAAAGAUAGUGAUGAUGCCUAUGACCUUAUUUUUGACCUUCACAACACAACUUCUAACAUGGGUGGCACUCUUAUUCUUGAAAACUCCAGGAAUAACUUUACAAUCCAGAUGUUUCAUUAUAUUAAGAAUGCUUUGGCCCCAGAAUGCUGUCCUGUUUUCCUGAUUGAACAUCCUAACUUGAAAUAUGCAACAACUCGAUCUAUAGCAAAACACCCUGUUGGUGUGGAAGUUGGGCCUCAGCCCCAAGGAGUGGUUAGAGCUGAUAUUCUGGACAAAAUGAGAAAAAUUAUCAAACAUGGCCUUGAUUUUGUGCACAUUUUUAAUGAAGGAAAGGAAUUUCCACCAUGUACAAUUGAAGUUUACAAAAUAAUUGAGAAAGUAGAUUAUCCCAGGAAUAAAAAUGGUGAAAUUACUGCUGUUAUUCAUCCUUGCCUGCAGGAUCAAGAUUGGCAGCCACUGAAUAAUGGGGAUCCUAUAUUUUUAACUAUGGAUGGUGAGACUAUUACAUAUGAAGGGGAUUCUACAGUAUACCCAACUUUUGUGAAUGAGGCUGCAUAUUAUGAAAAGAAACAAGCUUUUGUAAAAACAGUCAAAGUAAAGCUUACUGCAAAAUGUAUUAGAUCCCUUUUGCCUUAAAACUAGGACAUUUGUAAAAGAUUGUGAAACUUUAUAUAUAGGACCAAAUUAAUUUCUGAUUUCUGCUCCAUGUAAUUUAGGUGAAGUCAGUGGGGAUUUAUUGAACAUAAGUCAAUGCAGAAAUUAACCCUUAAUUUAAAAUUCCGUAUUAAUUAAUUUUGCUAAGGACUUUGAAAAUGAGAAGCACUUUUGAACUACAAAUAUUAUUACUUUUAGCCAUGUUCAUGGUUUAUUGCAGAUACUAAAAUUAAAUAUUAUUAGUUUAUAUAACUAAUUAUUGAAUGUAUUCUGCAAAAUUGUGUCUAUACAAUAUAUCAAAUUAUUGAUCAGUAUGUUAUAAAAUCUUAUCUAAAGUUUUUUUCACAAAUGUUAAGUCUUUCCCAAAUGUUUUUCAGAAUUUUGCACCUUGAAGUCUACAUUACUGAAAAAAUACACAUUGUUUUAGGAAAUGCUUUAAAUUUGAGUAAGAAAGUUACUCUGAGUAAAAUACACUUAAAGGAUUUUCUAAUUAAUGUAAAAUUUCUAAAGACAAAUAAAAAUGGAUUUUGUUGAAUUAGUGGCAUAUUUACUGGUACAAUAUUUCUCUUAAUGGUCAACAUUUGUGGGAAGUGUAAGAAUUUUGAUGAAAAUAUGAUACAAUUUCUGCAUCAAGGAAAAUAUAAAACUUUCUGCAUUUGCAAUUUGGAUUACAUUUACAUGGCAUAGUGUACGAUCAAGCAAUUCUUGUACUCCAGAACUCCUGUUAUUUCAAAGGAGUUUUAUAUAUACGAAGAAUGCAAGAUCAGGUUAAUAUGUUAUAGAAUUGCCACAUCCAAUCUGGAUAAAUAAUUAACUUCACAAUUAGAAACAUGUUGUAAAGUAAUUUGUUAAUAAGGUCAAUUAAACUAUCAUCAACCAACUUCCACUGGAGCCUGUUGAAAAAUAUAGGUCAGAGAAUUUUCACUGCACAAACCUUUUCCUAAUUGUGAACUAAUUGUCAUAAUUUUUUGAUGGAGGAUGAUUCAUAACUUCUGUAUCAGAUAUAUGAAAAAAAAGAUUCCAUGUGGAGUUUAUCAGGAUGCUGAAAAUGUAAUUUAAUUAUUCUGUAUUUUUAGGAACUAGGUCUGAGUAUCACAGGGACGGAAAGAAUGGGGGACACGAAUUAACUCUCUGAAUAUUUAUUAUGAUAUAUUGAUGCCAGUCAGGGCAGAGAAAGCAUUAAAAACCUUAUGCAUUAUUUUUUAUAUUUGAAGUAACUAGCUGUAUUACUGAAAAAAAACCAUGUGCAGUAACAAGUUGGAGAUUCAGUUAAUUACAAAAAACCAAAAGGUUCUGAUAUUAAUGCCUUUCCUCAAAAAUCAAUAUAGCAAGAACAAAAAAACCACAACAGGAUAUCAAUAGGAUGCACAUAUCAUUGUACAAUAAAAUCUGCAGAAGGAAAAGGAAUUUGCUGUUCAGUAUUCUCAUAUUUAAAUUUUCCUUUGAUUUUUAUUUUAUUCUUGAUAACUUGCUAGCCAAAAAUAGUUUCUUACAUUUUUACAGGUCCAACCACUGUUUGAACUGAAAAAAGAAAUUAUAGCUGGAUAUUAUAUUUUCUCUUUCACACAUUACAGCUGCUGAAUUUAAAAAGGAAGGAGAAUAUUGAAAAAACUGAGGAUUGGUGAAUAUUGUAAUUUUUUUCUAUUUCGAGUACUAGCUAUAAUACAGUAAAGAGACAGAUUACUUAGAAGGUUUUAAUUUAAAAUAUAUUAUAUUUGUAAUUAGAUUUUAUCCCUCAUAAAUUAAUAUUAAUUAUAUGAUAAGGCCAUUAUAAAAUACCCUGAUGCAUCUACAGUUAUACUUCAUGGUAUUAUUUUGAAUGAUGGACCAGAAAGGCUAUGUUUACACAGCUGUUUUUUUCGGC